ACUAAGUUCUGGAACUUCCAGUUCUUCUAUACCUUAUACUUAUCCAUAUUCAGUGUGGCUGUGCUGUACCCCCGGUGCGGAAACUUUUACUUGGAUUUAUGUGUCUGUAUUUGGACGGCACUCAUCAUUGGUGAUGACAUACGACAGGCAUAUAUCAUGAAUAAACUGACGGCUAAUACUUCGCUCACGUUUCGUGUCGUAGAGAUUAGUUUCAAAAUGUUUUUCCUAACCAUUUAUGUGUCCCAUCGGCUCAUGACUAGCAUUGAGUCGGCGUUCGCUCUCUUUCGCCCGUACGACGAGAAGGUUGUGCUGAGUUUGGGUCUUCUUCACGCUUAUUACACACUAUUCAGCAAAUUUCUGCCCAUUUCUCCCACUUUAGGACCACUUAUAUAUCGCAUAAAAAUAAUGAUUUUAUUGGAUUUUGUCAAUUGGAUACGACUGUCCAUUUUGGUGAUGAUUAGUUUCGGUGUUAUCUUACAGGCCAUACUAUAUCCUGAUUUGUCAAUGGAUCACAAAGUGUUCCUAGACCUGGCAUACCGGGCCUUUUUCAUGAUAUUUAAGAUAUCGAUGGACGAGAUGUCAGUGGACCAGAGUUGCGCUCAAUAUUUGCGAUCCAAUGCCAACAAUACGGAUGAACCGGGAGUUUGUUACGCAAGUGAAUACACCCAAGAGGUCUGUCGAGUGACAGGGGUCUGGUCUUACAUCUUCUUCAUCUCAUACUUCAUAUUAUUAAAGCUUAUUCUCAAUACACUAUUGUUCGCUAUAUUUGCUUCGAGUUCAUCGCGACUCGCGUCCGAUACGGACACCAUCUGGAAGUACCAGCGCUACGGACUGGUCAUGGAUUUCGCGAACCGGACCCCUUUCCCGCCUCCACUCAACUUCUUUUACUACUGCUAUUGGAUGUGUAACUGGUUGGGGAAAGUACUACAAUACCGACCCUUCACUAGAGGACACAAACUCAAAUUUAAAGAGUUGUUCGUAUCUUCAGUUGAGUCCCAAUUUCAGGGCAAAUCUCUUGCUGAUGACGACUACACAUACCUUAAACUACUGGCCACUCAGGUAUAUGACGAACAUCACAAUAAAAUGAGCGCUGAAACGAUGGCAACCAAUCAAUACGACCGAAUUCUGGCCAACAGUAUGGAAAUGGAGUUCCAGAGGCGAGGGUUGAGACAAUUGAAGGGCAAACAGGCGGAGAUGGAGAGAGCGCUCCGACAGACUUCUGUCAAUUUGGAGUAUUUCAAGCAUUUCAUCGCUAAGAAAACAGGUCUAGAUUUAGGUGGUGUUAGGGCUAAGAAAUUGGUUCACGUGUUCUCUCGUCAAUCGCCAUACCCUAACACAACUGUCCAGCGCUAUCCCGUGCCCGACAAGUAUGUCUCGUGGGAUGUAAUGUGGGUGGACUACGACCCCAUAGCUUACACUAAACGCAAACACGAGUUUGGCGUUUCAAUUCAAGACUUGGCUGAUGAGGACAUACUGGCCCUUCAGAUGCUGAAGUUGGAAACCCCGUCAAUACAACUGCCGGUGUAUGAGUGGAACAGACCCUCGACUAAUGCGGCCGGCAUUUCAAUAGACCGCCAAUCGUGGGAAAUGUCUGAUAACCAGAAUAUAAUCUAUAAACUUGAAAACGGAAUCCCAAUCAACCCAUUCGGCAGAACUGGACUUAGAGGAAAGGGCUCUUUGUUGAGAUGGGGUCCCAAUCACUACGUUAUGCUCGUUAUAACCCGACUAAACGAUAAUGAAUUGGAAGUAUUGGUUGAGAAUUUAAAUGUAUUGACUGGAGUGUCACUACCGGUGAGAUUCAUAUUGGGUGAGAUGACAUACAUAGGACUGGAGGCACUCUUCCGUACAGAAGAUUCUGAGCACAAGAAUUGGAGUGAAUCCGAGAAAAUGAUGGAUUGGUUUCGAGGAUUCAAUGAACAGAAUGAAGAUAAUAAUGACACCAAUAAUGCCAAUAACGCACAUAGUUUUAAAUGCGAGCGACUUAUGAAAGGCUAUUUUGAUGACCCCCUCAACACAGACCAGGCCUGGAAGGAAAUGGAGUUGUGGCACAUCCACUACACCACUGCCUCCAACCCAUUCAACCAUCACAUCCGCGAUGGUCUCGAGUGGCGCGAAGUGUCCGAAGGCUUCUUCUCUCUCCUGUCCAACAGUCAGUCAAAUGUCAUCCAAAAGAUUGUCGACAAACUUAAUGUUAACAUUCGUUAA